GGCGGUUUGUGGUGAAGGAGUCGUCCCGGCCGGUUUUCCCGGUAAAACCGAUUCAACUCAAAAAGCCGCUCGGUUUUUGUCUAACCGGGGGUAAGCUGAUGGGAAAGACCGGCGUCGUUUUGGCAUUAGGAAAAAAAAAAUCGCCGAAGCCUCAAAAACACAACCCUAAAUCAUCGGCCGCUUCGUUUGCGGCAGCCAGGCCACUUCUUUUCGAGCGGCGACCAGGCCCGGAGAUCCUCCUUCCUCUUCUCGACCGGUGUCUUCUUCUCGAGCGGCGACCAGGGCCCGGCGAUCCUCCCUCCUCUUCUCGACCGGCGAGGCGGCGACCAGGCCAGUGGCUGCUCCGCGCUGCUCUACGGUUUCUCUGCUCCGGGCUGCUCCGCCUCUAUUCCGUCGCUGCUCCGCGCUCCGCCACUACUCUGCCGCUGCUCUGGCAUGCGUCUCCGGCACCGGCACGCGUCUCCCUCCCCUGCUCAAGAAGAACACGGCGGCAGCAGGUAUGGAUCGAGAAUCUUCUCCCACCGAAAUGGAUCGAAAACCCUAUGUUGAUGCUUGAUUGAGAGUGACGAGAGCAAAUGUUAAACUAGUAACAAGCAAAUCUGCUGACCUGAGUUGCUGAGCGGGCGGGAGGUUGGAAGAAGAAAGAAGCGGGGGGAUUAAGGUUUCCGUGCUUCUGCCAUUUUUGAUUUUUGGUUUGAUUGGAAACUGUUUAUAGGACAAGGUCCCAAUCUGAUCAUUGAUCUCCAUUUCAUGAAAAGUUUGUUAUUCUCCUUGUAACUGGCAAAAUUGUAGACAACCGUGAUGGCCAGUAAAGAAAACAAUGAUGCAGAAAGACCUCUGCUUUCUGAUGCAGAAGUGAAAGUGGGGUUUUGGUAGGGCACUACGGGAAACCAUAAAACCGUUAGUUUCAUUAGUUCAGCCUUUGGAAAGGUUGCAUCAUUCAUGGGAUCAGGUCACUGAUCUCUGCUCAAUUUGCACCAGAUCUAGUUUCCAUGGCGCACCUUGUAAUAGUGAAAUAGUUUCCAUUUGCUCAAUUUUCACCGAAGUAGUUUGUGUUUGUGGUAGUUGUGAACUUGUGGUUUGAGAAUGUUCUUUGGUUUGAGAAUGUUGUUUGAACUUGUGGUUUAAGAAUGUUGUUUGGUUGUUUUGUACUCGAUCGUAAACAUGCAUUUGAACGAUUAUGUAGUUAAUUCAGUAAUGUUGCAGUUUGUUGAAUUUUAUAUUACAUAUGCUUAUUUAGUUUAUUCAGGUUUGUUAUCCGGUAUAUUACGGUUUUAUUCCGGUAUUAUUCCAAAACGGUAUCACAAAUCUGCCGGUACGGUUUUUUAACAAAAAAAUAUUAUUUAA